AGCGACGCUCCCAAGGGUGCUGCCCCCUCCCAUCUCAGUGACCGCCGCCUGAAUGAGACACGCUAAAAGCCCCCAGAUGAAACAUGCAAGGUCGAGGGCUUUCGUGUCUUUCUGGCUCUUCUGUGCAAUGAGCACGGCCAAAACAUACCCCACAAUGUCUAAAAGAUUCGAUGUUUCCGAGCAGCAUGCCGGGCUUAACGAUGGCGUUUGGAAAUGUGUUUACCUUUUUUACUCCCAUCGCUCCCAGCCUCCAUUGGUGGAUUUCUGCCAUGAAUGGAUUCCAAUUUCUAAAAAUUCAAGACAGAUCUUUGAAGGUUUAGAUGAUGAACUAAACGCCAUAUCGGAGUUGGCUAAGAAUGCAGAAACCGAAAAGUCCAAACAAAAUCUCAAAACUGAAGCGUACAGCAGCAAGAUUUUGACGAAGCAACGGUUAGGAAUGAAAUCGUUCCCGGAUUCAGAUGAUGAAUAUAACAAUGGCAAAUCAGUGCACAAGAAACGAAGGGCGGCCCCAGAAGAUAUAUCAAGGAUUGCGCUUCAAGAUCUUGUCAAAUAUUUCAACCUUCCAAUUACAGAAGCUUCAAGAAGCCUGAAGAUUGGACUGACCGUACUUAAGAAGAAGUGUAGGGAAUUCGGUAUCCCUCGGUGGCCCCACAGAAAGAUCAAAUCUCUCGAUAGACUCAUUGUAGAUCUCCGGGAAGAGACGCAACAACAAAAUGAUGGCGAGGAUACAACGAUGGUGGUGUCAACAAAGAAGAGAAUGGUAGAGUUCGAAAGGGAAAGGAUAGAGAAGAAGCCAUAUAUGGAUGGACAUACAAGAAGAAACCAAAAAAAAGGUUUAGACAAGGCGUUUUCAAAAGAAGGCACAAAGCUAGGGCUAUGGAGAGAACAAAUCCAAAUCUUUCAUUUUCAUUCGAUAUGCGAGAGAAAAGAUCCUCUGUACCAAAAAUGUUGUCUCACUCUCAUGAUUCACUUUCGAGAUUCUGCCACAUAGUACAAUAAUGAAAUGAGUUCACAUUUUUUUGUAUUAUGCGGCAGUAUGGGGAUUCGAGAUAGGGAAUCCC